CAACCAUGACUUCUCUUUGCCGGAAGAAGGAUCCUGGACAAAAGUUUUCUCCUACCAAAUGCAGUUUACUUAGGUCUAUUUCGGAGGACAGUCCCACUACAUACCUCAAAAUUCCUAGGAUUUAUUUGAAGAAAUGUCGGGAGAAAUAUGAAAAAGAGCUAUCAAAGGUUAUACAUCUUAAGCUUCCAUGUGGUACAGAAUGGAAAGUAGAAGUCACAGAACACAAAGGUCACUUUUGGUUCGAGAAGGGUUGGGAAGAUUUUUUCAAGUUUUACUCGCUACAGUCCAACGGCUCGAUAGAUUUUCAAUAUGAAGGGAAUUCCAGAUUCAAAGUUAAAAUCUAUGAUAAAUCAAAAAUAGAGAUUGACUAUCCUAUCAAAAGCACUGAUAUGCAAGAAAAUGGUGUAAAUGAUCAUUCUCCACUGGCUAGUCCUCCACAGCCUCAAAAGAAGAAAGAAGCAACUUCAAGUGGUGGGAAAGAGGAUCUUUCUGCCAACAAAGAUGAGGGAGGCAAAUCUAGUACUACUCAAAGAUCCCUAAAACCAGCCGAGGUUCCUAUGAGGAUGGACUCCUCGGCUACAGGUGGAAAAGCUACAGCUCUUCAGAAAGCUAAUGAAUUCAAGUCCAGAAACCCUUCCUGUUUCUUGGUUACCAUGCACUCCUCAUAUAUCAAAGGACAUAGGCUCGUAAGUUCUGCACUAAUAGAUCUUGUCAGUGUUAUUAAGCAAUUUAAAAAAUAA